UGGGAGGUCUGUGCACUGUGCAAAUGCCAACUACCGCGAACGCACACGACUAAAUAUAAAACAGCUCUCUCUCUCUCUCUCUCUUCUUUCCCUCUCUUAAAUACUCUUUCGCUGUGUCAUCUUCCCUUGGCAUUGACUCCAAAUCGCACUCCCUCGUCUUGCUUCUCUCCCACUCCAUCUCUCUCUCUCUCUCUACUGUGGGAAUUUUGUUUGGUUCUUGUUGGUGUAGCUAUCUCACCAAGACCUCACUCUCCGGAAUCUCGCAAGUUUCUUCAAUCCGCUCUCGGCGUUGUCGGGAUCCUUGGUGUAUUGCUAGGGUUUGCGACGGUCCCCGAUGCGUUUGCCCUCGAGUUUGAGCUCGCUGGGCAUGGAAAUGGGGAUGGAAAUGGAGCGGCCGAGGUCGGAGAAUCCGGCCAUGACUUUCGAUGAGGUCUCCAUGGAGCGGAGCAAGAGCUUCGUCAAAGCCUUGCAGGAGUUGAAGAAUUUGAGGCCUCAGCUUUAUUCAGCUGCAGAGUACUGCGAGAAGUCUUAUCUCAAUAGUGAGCAAAAACAAAUGGUACUGGACAACCUGAAAGAUUAUGCUGUGCGAGCCCUGGUCAAUGCUGUCGAUCACCUUGGAACAGUGGCUUAUAAAUUAACUGACCUUAUUGAGCAGCAAUCUUUGGAUAUCACAGUCAUGGAGCUAAAGGUCACUAGUUUUAAUCAGCAACUUCUUACAUGCCAAACAUACGCGGAUAAGGAAGGCCUCCGGCAGCAGCAGUUGUUGGCAAUUAUUCCCCGACAUCACAAGCACUACAUGUUACCAAAUUCUGUCAAUAAGAAAGUGCAUUUUAGUCCCCAAAUUCAGAAAGAUGUCAGGCAAAAUCAUUUUCAAGCUAGAUCUCGUCUUCAGCCUUCAGGUACACCUGCUGCAAAAACACUUUCUUGGCAUUUAGCGUCAGAAACAAAGUCCACAUUGAAAGGAUCUCAAAAUGCUUCAGCAAGCACUGAAGAUUCUGCAAAAAAGCCCCAAGUCUUUCAUCUGCUAGAUGAUGGCGAGAAUUCUCUGACAAGAUCCUCGGCGGGUCAUCCACAAGUUCUAACAGGAGGUUCUACAUAUGGUGCAGUCCUGCCAUCAACUGGUGCUGCACGCAUGGAUUCUUGGGAGGGGGCCAAACCAUUGUCAAGAUUCAGGUCGUUUGAUACUCCAAAUCGGCGGGAGAUUGUUCGUACCCCUGCUCGCAGCAAAAGCAUGCUAUCAGCUUUCUUUGUCAAACCAAAGACGCCUAAGAUGAAGGCUAGUGCUGUCUCAUGAAUCCCAAAUAACAUAGACGCUAGCCGUCACCAUUGACGUCUUGUGGUCUAAUCCUUGUAAAUUGCAUUCUACUUUCUUCUUUCUGUGCAAUUAUCCUCUGGAAUUGGAUCGGUCUUUAGAUGACAUGUACCUCUCUAGGAUCUUGAUCCAAGCACUUUACGGUAAGCUUGUGAAUAACGGGCGAUGUUCGGCUUGAAUGUACGGUCUUCAUUCUCUUCA